UUUUUUUUUAAGAAUUACAGAUUAUAUACUACAACCAACCUGGCAAUACUAGUCUUUGCUGUCAAAACAAAAUAAAUUAACAAAAAGGUGGAGGCGCUAAAAUUAUUUAAUUUGGAUUAGUUAUUAUUUUAAACAAUAUGAGUCAGAUAUGGGAAACCGAAGGCCAACAUUCUGAUGACAUCGUUGACCAAAUACUAUUAGACUACGACAAAACGAUAAUGUCAAUACCCGAUAUAGAAAAUGAGCCCCAUUUACUUAUAUCUAAAGUACGUAAGCACUAUAUGGAGUAUAUAAUAAAACUUUUGUCAGUAAACUAUGAAAAACAUCAAAAGCAAUUUAACAAAAAUAUUCGUUUACCAAGCGCAAUAUGGAGGUGUGCGAAAAUUAUAGAAAUGACUGCCGCUCAAACUUGCAUGGUAGUUCAGAUAUAUAGAAAAAAUAUUGUCGGUGUUAUUAAUGAAUUAAAACAGGACACGACCAAGGGUAAACUGUAUAAGACUUUGUAUGAUUUUUUAAAUACAACCCCAAAGAAUGAGAAGAGAGUACAAACUACACUAAAUAAGUCUAAUAAUUGUACAUGUCAAUGUACUUGCAAUCAGAGGAGAAAGCGGCGUCGGGAAAAUAUUCAAAAUCAAACCAUAACUGAUAAUGUAACAUCUACACCCAGUGAAAAACUACUAGAUCCCAGUAAUAACAGUCCAGAACAGACAAUAACAAAGCUAACAGAAGUCAGUGUUAUGACAAUGAAUAAUGUACCCCCUGAAACACCUCUCCAUACACAAAAUGUAGAACCACAAGACUCUGAUAAUUUACUAAGACAAUUAGAGAUACUAUUCCAAGAUGACAAUAAUGAGGAUGAUAUUUUUGAACAAUCAUUAUGGAAUGAUCCGAAUCCUGCCAAUGAAGAAAUACCCAAUGACAAUAAUAAAGAUAAUUGUGAACCAGUAAAUAUAAUAGAAAGUAAUAAUAUAUCAACUGCAAAUAUUACCCAAUCUUUAGAUGAAAAAUUAGCAUCUUUAGCUGGACAUUUUGUUGAGAACAAUGACAAUAAUACAAAGUCAACUAAUAAAAAAACAAAUCCAACAUCCAAUAAAUGGUUGUGUGAAGAAUAUUUUAUGAAGUUACAGCUAUAUGAAAUAUUGGACCAAUUGAGGGAUUGUAAUAGAGCAAAGCUUGCCAGGGUAAAAGAUAUAUUGAAAGAUAUAUUUGGAGAAGAUAGUGAUGAUGAAGGUGUUAUGUCACCGCUGGAAGAGACACCCGAGUUUGUGAGGAGUUGUAAAGAGAGAAUAGCACCCUGGGUGGUGAAAGUUCUCACCCCAUUCUAUAUCAAAGGUCGGAUAAAAGGAAAAGCCUUGUUUAAAUCACUUGCUAAACAUUUAAUUAGGCUUAUAUACCAGUGUAGUAAAUAUCCAAAUGAAUAUGAAGUGAAAAGUUUUGUAAAUGAUUUUCUUGAGAGCCACAAAGUCAUUAGAUGUGAAGCAGACUUUAAACAAUUCAGAAUUAACAAUAUUUGACUGAGGAGAAAUUUUGGAAGCAAUCAUGUUCCUUCGCCUAUUUACCAUUGUGGUAAACGAUUUUCAACAAUUAUAUCUAUAAAAUAGGUAAUGUUUUUGAAUAAUUAAAAUAUCAGAGUGAGAAAAUACAAAAGUACAGAACUGAACCUAAUUAGAUAACAUAAUUUACAGUCCAUCCAUUAUUUAAUCUAUCAUUUAGUCUGAAAAAUAAAUAAAGUCCCCCACCACAGUGGAAACUCUUAGAUCUCAAACCUUGUAAAUCGAUAACAAUAAUGUUCUCUUCCACCCUUCCACUGAACCCUUAAAUACCUUAUCU